AGAGAGAGAGAGCGCAAGCCUUCUUUCCACUUCUUCUGUCUUUAUUUCCCAGCCGCCAGAUCUACUUACCUGUUUUGAUAUAGAAACUCAUCUAACGAACAGUAAUUUCUCCGGUCGAAACUAAAUAAAUUUCCAAACCUGCAAAUUCAUCUUUUGAUAUUUGUUCAUGGUCUCUAACAUCAGUUAAAGCUGAGAGAGAGGGGGAGGGGCGAGAUAGAAGCUCACAAGAGAGAAGAUUGAAGCUUCGAUUUUGCCAUCUCAGUCGCAGUCUAUAGAUCUUUAGCCGAUCCUCUUAUGUUAUAUCUUUUUUUAAUGAAUUGGGGAUUCAUUCUCAACAACCACCGCCGGUAAUUCCUUGAACUAUUUCUGGGUUUGGUCUUUGGUUUUCUUAAGAUUUUAAAAUUGCUAUAUCUGUAGUUUCAAUGGUGCAUCAAGCGUAUAUGACAAUCUAUAGUGGGGAUAUUUAGGUGCAGUAUAUUAUCUUGGUUGAGUGUAAUCUUGAAUCUAUUCCAUUGGUCUCUCUCUUCUAUCUUUUUUAUCUGGAUAGCAAAGAAAGAAGAAGAAGCUUCCUUGGUUUUAUCCACUCCUUGUUUGUGCACUUUUCCUCAGCUUAUCUUCUAUUCCAUCCACUUUUCCUCAUCCCAUUUCACACUUAUAACCCAAGAAGGGUGUGACCCUGAAACCAAAACCCAAGUUGUACCUGUACUUCACCACACAAAUUUCCGGUGUAAAAGAAUCGGCUUUGUUUCAGUGAAAUCUGAAAAGGACCUCCUCAAAUUUGGAAAGAUUACCACUUGAUUGGUGAGUGAUGGUUUUUUUCUUUUCUUUCUAUAUGCUUACUGUAAGGGCAGAUUUUUAUUAGAUAGGAUUUGUUGAAAGCAGAUGGUGUCGAAAUCAUAUUCGAAUCUGUUGGAGUUGGCCUCCGGCGAGGCUCCCUCUCCAUCUUUCAGUCGCAUGAGUCGCAGAAUUCCCCGAGUCAUGACAGUGGCCGGCAUAAUUUCCGACAUCGAUGAUGACGCAUCGGAGAGUGUGUGUUCUGACCCGUCAUCAUCUUCGGCGAUGAGAGACCGAAUUAUAAUCGUAGCCAAUCAGCUCCCUAUAAAGGCUCACCGGAAACCGGAGAAUGGUAAAGGCUGGACUUUCAGUUGGGAUGAGAAUUCACUCCUCCUCCAGCUGAAAGAUGGGUUGGGCGAUGAUGAUAUUGAGGUUAUUUAUGUGGGUUGUUUGAGAGAAGAGAUACACCCAAAUGAACAAGAUGAGGUAUCUCAAAUACUUUUAGAAACAUUCAAAUGCGUGCCAACUUUUCUGCCGCCGGAUCUUUUUACCCGGUACUAUCAUGGGUUUUGUAAGCAGCAGUUGUGGCCGUUGUUUCAUUACAUGUUGCCACUAUCUCCAGAUCUCGGUGGUAGGUUCAAUCGGUCACUUUGGCAAGCUUAUGUGUCGGUCAAUAAGAUUUUUGCUGAUAGGAUCAUGGAGGUGAUCAACCCAGAAGAUGAUUUUGUAUGGGUACAUGAUUAUCAUCUAAUGGUGUUGCCUACUUUCUUGAGGAAGAGGUUCAAUAGAGUGAAACUCGGUUUUUUCCUCCACAGUCCUUUCCCUUCAUCAGAGAUAUACAAAACAUUACCUAUAAGAGAAGAGCUGUUGAGAGCCCUGUUGAAUUCUGACUUAAUUGGUUUCCAUACAUUCGACUAUGCGAGGCAUUUCUUGUCCUGCUGUAGUCGAAUGCUUGGGCUUACCUAUGAAUCUAAGAGGGGUUACAUUGGCCUUGAAUACUGUGGCAGGACUGUCAGCAUAAAAAUUCUUCCGGUCGGUAUUCAUAUGGUUCAGCUUCAGUCAGUGUUGAGCAUGCAAGAAACUGAAGACAAGGUCACUGAGCUAAUUAAACAAUUUUGUGAUCAGGGUAGGAUAAUGUUACUUGGUGUAGAUGAUAUGGACAUAUUUAAGGGUAUUAGUUUGAAGCUCCUAGCUAUGGAACAGCUACUUGUACAGCAUCCGGAGUGGCAGGGGAAGGUGGUACUGGUGCAGAUAGCAAACCCAGCCAGGGGCAGGGGAAAGGAUGUUAAAGAAGUCCAGACUGAAACUUACACUACUGUUAAGCGAAUUAACGAAACAUUUGGCAGACCUGGAUACACUCCUGUUGUCUUGAUCGAUGCACCGCUCAAGUUCUAUGAGAGAAUUGCCUAUUAUGUUGUCGCAGAGUGUUGCCUAGUCACAGCUGUUAGGGAUGGGAUGAAUCUCAUUCCUUAUGAAUAUGUAAUAAGUCGCCAAGGAAAUGAGAGAUUGGAUAAGGUUUUGGGUUUGGAACCAUCUACACCAAAGAAGAGCAUGUUGGUUAUCUCUGAGUUCAUUGGCUGUUCCCCAUCUUUGAGUGGAGCAAUUCGAGUAAAUCCCUGGAAUAUUGAUGCUGUGGCAGAUGCAAUGGACUGUGCACUAGAUAUGGCUGCGUCAGAAAAAGUGCUCCGACAUGAGAAGCAUUACAGAUAUGUUAGUACACAUGAUGUAGGGUACUGGGCUCGUAGUUUCCUUCAGGAUUUGGAAAGGACGUGUCGUGAUCAUUCACGGAGGAGAUGCUGGGGUAUUGGGUUUGGGUUAAGCUUCAGAGUUGUUGCCCUUGAUUCAAAUUUCAGGAAGCUGUCGAUGGAGCACAUAGUGUCAGCAUACAAGAGGACCACAACUAGGGCAAUUCUGCUUGACUAUGAUGGGACUUUGAUGCCUCAAGCUUCAAUUGAUAAGAGCCCAUCCUCGAAAUCAAUUGACAUCCUUAACAGUUUGUGUAGGGAUAAGAACAAUAUGGUCUUCUUGGUCAGUGCCAAAAGCCGAAAUACUCUUACUGAAUGGUUUUCUCCUUGUGAGAAGUUGGGGAUUGCUGCAGAGCAUGGCUAUUUUCUAAGGCUGAGGAGAGACGCAGAAUGGGAAACGUGUGUGCCAGUGGCAGACUGCAGUUGGAAGCAGAUUGCUGAGCCUGUGAUGCAGCUUUACACAGAAACAACUGAUGGGUCCACCAUUGAAGAUAAGGAAACUGCACUUGUGUGGUGUUACGAGGAUGCGGAUCCAGAUUUCGGUUCGUGUCAAGCUAAGGAACUUCUUGAUCAUCUUGAAAGUGUGCUUUCCAACGAACCUGUAACUGUGAAGAGUGGGCCAAAUCUUGUGGAGGUCAAACCUCAGGGUGUAAAUAAGGGUCUUGUUGCCAAACGCUUACUCUCUGCCAUGCAAGAGAAGGAAAUGACACCAGACUUUGUUCUAUGCAUUGGAGAUGACCGAUCUGAUGAAGACAUGUUUGAGGUGAUCUCGAGUUCUAUUUCUGGCCCUUCAAUUGCUCCAAGGGCCGAAGUAUUUGCAUGUACUGUUGGUCAAAAGCCCAGUAAGGCCAAAUAUUUUCUGGAUGACACGGCACAAAUUGUUAGAUUGAUGCAGGGGUUGGCUUCCGUUUCUGAACUCGCAUUUCCUCUCUAGGCAUAGUGAAGACACACACCAAGGUGCAGCCUUUUUCAUUCUCUCUGUAUUUGUUAAACAUGUAGGCUGAGUGGUGUUCCUCCCCUUUAACCCACUUAUUUAGUUUCUUUAAUGGUGUAAAUUGUGUUGAUGUUACAUCAACAAGAGAAUAUGUGAAAUGAAAACAUUUCGUGUGUUUUAUCUUGGGUCUGUGUAAGUUGUAAAUACGUAUUUGCCACCAUGAACAUCAGAUUCUGUGUUUUGUGAAAUGUAGUUGGAUUUGAAGUCCCGAUCGAUGUC